GGGUUUCCGGGUGAAUAUAAGGUGAACGUCUUCUUGCGACACUGUGUCGCUGCAUGUGGCAUUCCGCCGCGGAAACAGCGUAGGUGUCCCGCCUUUCGGUUCCAGGAAUCCCGAACCCUUGUAUCGCUUCGCGAUUCCUUACCCUUUCUUUCCACGUUUGAGGAAUUCUCCCGACAUUUUCUUUCGCGGCUAACUCAGCAGGUUGUUGGUUGUUUCCGACCGUCUCUCUCCCCUGGCUGUCCAUCCGCACGCGUUCGACACUCUGAGCAGUCGCUGUUGUCUCGUUUCCUCGCCACAACCGCGGCAUGCAGCGGCACAUCUCCUCCCACCUUGUCUGUUCCAUUCGGUCUCGCUGAGUGUCAUGGUGCUUCGUCCGUACUCACUGUGUUUCUCUCUGUGUUACCUACAAAGAGGGUGAAGGGGAAGUUGAGGAACUUUCGCUGCUGCCUCUCCGUUAAGAGCGGCACCAGGGAGCCUCCUGGGCCGCACUUCAAGCGCGCGACUGGCUGGCCCCGACCUCCCGCAGCCGCGCUGUUCGGCUCGGCAUUUUCCAUUCGGCAAAAAACCAAGGACACGAGCCACGCUGCACAGAGAAAACACUCCCUAUGUGCCUGCCGGCGGAGAGUCAAUCCAAACCAGUGCGCCUCAGGUGUCGGAGCCGGUUCAGCAGCGAGUCCAUGCCCGGAGUGAAUCAUCUGCGGCCGCCAUGCAAGGGGUAAGCGCUUCCUCGUCUCUCUUCCUCCUUUCUUUUCAAGGGAGGGCAACUGACAACUCCCUCCAGUCCACAGCGUGGACGUGGACACUCCCGCACUAGGCUGAACGGCGCAGACGCUCUCCCGCCACUUUGGGUGUACGUACACCCCACCUCUGAGACCCAUUUGUCCGUGUCAGCACCUGCGAUCUCCGUGUCGACUUUGCUUUCUCAACAAGAGGCACGCGCCCGACCUCAAAUUCAUUUUUCUGCGACCGAACCUCUUUCCCCCGAAAGGCCUCUCGUCUGCAGCAGGUGUACCCUCUGCUUUCCGUCCUCGCCUCGUCCUCCAUUGCCUCGGGGUCCACGUCUUCGUGUCCAGCGCUGUUCACGUUUAAAUUUGCACGCGAAAUCUCAGCUUGGUGAAGGGAUGUUUUCAUUUGAAAUCCCCUGCGCUGCACCGCUGCACUGCUGCCGCACUCCUCCCGGCUGUCGGAUGGCCGGUCGCUUCUCGUCCACACUUUUCUUGCAGUCUCUUGCCAGCUUCCUGUUCGGCCACCGUUCCGACUUUUUAUCCAAUUUUUCCCCUCGCUCCCGAAACCUUUGUCAGAGCUGAACGGUGGCAUCUGAGCCCUACCUGGCUGAUUUUCCGAUCCGCCGCGGCCGUGCCUCAGUCUCUGGAAACAACAACUUCUGCCUCGAUCUCAGCGCCGUCUGAGCUCUAAAAAGCUGACCGGAAACUCCCCGGUCCCGCGGGCUCCCCUACCAGGGUCUGCCUUGCGUCUCAGUUUGCUCCCAUAAUGCUUUCGACUCUCUCCCGGUAGCCUCCAUGAUGAAGCUCUUUCAUUCCAUGCGGAAGCGGAUUCAUUCGAGCGAUAAGUUGCAGGCAAGCCGCCAGUCCUCGACAGGGUCCGCCAGCUCCGCAAGUUCCUCUUCUCCCCAGAUUUCUUCGCAGACGUCGGGACCAGCCACACCGUCGCAUGCGUCUUCGGGCCAUGUCGGAGACGCCGCGGCUUCCCUGGGCGGCGAUGGACCUUCCAGUUCGCUUGCCGCUUCGGGUGCGGCUUCCGGUCUCGGCGAAGCGGCCGCGCCUCCUCCUGGCGGAGGCACGCUGGGGAUCUCCGUCGCCCAUGCAGUUAGCGAAGGUUUUCUUCACGCAGACAGCACAAAAGGAAUCCCGGACGCGAGGCCCCGAACUGCGUACGUGGCGGGGAACCUCGGCGGUGGCUCUGCGAGUCUGACGACGCCGUUUGAAAUUCCGAAUUUCGACGACUUGCCGCCUCUGUUCGACGCCCCGCAGGCGGACCGGCCCGAGCUGUUCCGCAAGAAGCUGCUUGCAUGCACAUGCAUCUUCGACUUCAAUCUCCCCAACGUGCAUGUCAAGGAGAAGGAGGCGAAGCGCCAAACGCUUUUGGAAAUCGUUGAAUACGUCAACAACUCGCGACACUGCUUCAACGACCAGAAUCUCCCGGACGUCGUCAACAUGGUCUCCGCAAACAUUUUUCGCGCCCUGCCGCCGUCGCAUGCGUCAAAUUCCGCGACGUACGACCCCGAGGAAGAGGAGCCGACUCUCGAGAGUUCCUGGCCGCAUCUGCAAAUCGUCUACGAGUUUUUUCUCCGCUUCAUCGUCUCCAAUGAUGUAAAUCCGAAAGUGGCUCGAAAGUACAUCGACCAGCAGUUCGUCUUGCGCCUGCUCGAGCUCUUCAGUUCGGAAGACCCUCGCGAACGCGACUAUCUGAAAACGAUUCUCCACCGAAUCUACGGGAAAAUCAUGGCUCUCAGACUGUUUAUCCGCAAAUCGAUUCAACAAGUAUUUUUCCGUUUCAUCUACGAAGACGAGAGUCCGAACGGGAUCUCGGAAUUUCUGGAAAUCUUGGGCAGCAUCAUCAAUGGCUUCGCGCUGCCCCUGAAGGAAGAGCAUAAGUUGUUCCUCGAACGCGUCCUGGUCCCUCUCCACAAGGCUCGGUGUCUCAGUCCUUUUCACCAGCAACUCACCUACUGCAUGCAACAAUACGUGACGAAAGACAGCCGCCUCGCAGAGCCCAUCAUUCUCGGUCUCCUGCGCUUCUGGCCAGUCACCAAUGCGCCGAAAGUCGUUCUCUUCCUCAACGAAUUGGAGCAUAUUCUGCUGAACACGCAACCUCCGGAGUUCCAGAAGGUGAUGAAUCCGCUCUUUCGACGCCUCGCGGAGUGUAUCCAGUCGCCUCACUUCCAGGUAGCCGAGCGCGUUCUCUUCCUGUGGAACAACGAGCACAUCGUCAAACUUAUCAACCAGAACCGGCAGGUGAUUUUCCCGAUCGUCAUCGCUGCUCUGUUCAAGAACUCGCAAUACCACUGGAACUCGACUGUCCAUACACUGACCUACAACGUCUCCAAGCUUCUCGCCGAAGCGGACGCCCCUCUAUUUGAUGAGUGUUCCAACAAGCACAUCGCCGAAGAGGAAAAACGCAAGCAGCAAGAGGAAGAGCGGUCUCGGCGGUGGGAGGAGCUGAAGCAAGACAACGCGGAGAAAACUGGCGGGGAGGACGCGUUCUUGGUUCGCUUUUCCGCCGACGCGACUUUUUGAGUCUCCGCUCUUCGCGGGAGAAGGUGGUGCGCGUUCGACGUCUUCCUCAAAGUUUCUGACGGACUCGAGCGCGUCCGCCAGGUUUCUCCACCGAAGAAGUCGUUUCACCAUACAGAAACGAAGGCCAGGAAGAAGCCGUCGGAGCAAGACGGAGAAGUGAAUCUUUCCCCGGGAGACAGACUGAUGAUCGGAGAAAACGCGCCCGCGGAUCCUCUCCUCACGUAUAUGUGUACGCUGUCUAGACACGGAACGGCUCGCGUAUUUUGUGCAGGAGUACGACAUGCAAUUUCAGCCGUUGCACACCGGACACACGCUCACCGAGGUGGAAACGCGUGGAGAGAGAGGUCUGUGAAUGUUCACCAGUGAGGCAGCGAGGCGAAAGACUGUCGCCGGCCGGCCUCUGCAAAGUUGGAAACACGGAUUUGCUUGUCUGGGGCGCCCUGUCUUGUCUCUGAAUGUGAACCAACUGAGAAAGCGAUUUGUUUUUGACAGAAGGCGCAGCGAACUCGCCUGUCGUUCGUCAGGGCAUUUCGCGGUGGCAGACGGUCCGGGGGACCUGCCCUCACGUUUUCUCGUUUUCUCGGAUCCCGCACUCAGUUUCAAACUUCGCAGAUAGCCGCACACAAACACACUCACAGACACGCACACUUGGGUUAAGGCGACGUAGAUCGAUCGACCUGGCGGCGGGCAACGAAUGGUUACAAGGAUUUGCAGACAGUAAUGAGACAAACGUGGUUUGGGGGCUGUCUGGGGAGCUACCUUUGGAUUCAACCGGAGCUUUGAAGCUUUGAGAACGAGAAUUCGACGCUCGCGGACAGAAACUGUCCGGUUCCGGCGACGGAAACUGCGACGCACGAACUCCUCGGCUCUCCCUCUGGCCAGCAGUCAGGCGCACACGGUUGAAGCAGAUCGAAAGCAUCAAGCACACUGCUUGUUUCGCACCUGGUACGGGGAGGGAGGGGGGGGGAGCGUGUCAGCACGCAUGCAGAUACAUUUUGUGCUUUUGGUCGCUCAGCAGUCUCUUCGUCACUGUUUUACCGCGGCGGGUUCCGCAUCACAAGGCUCUUCGUUCUGUUGCAUGGAGUUGCCGAGCUCAGGCGAGGAAGCUCCAUUUCUAUGGGGAACUGUCGGUUCCUCUCAAAUCGUAGGGUGGAACAGCGCGUGAAGAAUCGUGGCGUUUCUCCAGGUCAAGCUCCUUUGCGCUUUCUUUUGCAUGCCACCGAUCCCAGACGUGUUUUCGUGGGGCGCCGUAGUGAAGCUACGAGAAUCUUGUCUAGAAUUUUUGCGGGCAAAGGCUGUUUCCCAGAGAGGGGAUCUCGGCGCCUGCCUCGCGAACAGGAACGAGACCGAUAAGUUUCCGAAGC